GGCAAACUAUACACUAUGAUCCAACUAUGUCGGGCAGAGGACGGUGUGGUGGUCGAACUGGACACCUCGCUCUGGGACCUCGAGAGGUUGGAUAGUUUGGACCAUUUUAUCUACGAGAAGACGGGGGUACCACCAGAAGCCAUAUGGGCGUACCUCUCUGACGGAAGGCCACUCAAGGCUGACAACGUCCGUGAGCUUGCAGGAUUGGAAGAUCAGACUGUCUACGUCUUUAACAAGACGUACCUCAGCUCCGACCUAGAACAAGUCCUACACGAUCUCCACUACGAACCCCAGCUGCAACCCCUCGUGGAAGACGCGAUAGCUUCAACGCCCCCAUUCCGGAUAUCUCAGCUCGCGAGCAGCUACGUCCAAGCCGCGCUGGCGCACGUCGAGCACAUCAACCGCACGCUCACCUCCCUCCACUACCAACAGCGCGCACUCCAGAUCUCCUCCAGCGCGCUCGACCACCACGUGCUUGCGAUUUCGGACACCUUCGAGGCCCUCGCGGGCAUCGCCGAGCGCGAGCUAGACAGGCAGGCGAAGCUGCUCGGGGGGCUAGAAGCCGACCUGGAGAUCGUGAGCCGCGUUCGGGUGCACAAGGAGUUCCUGAGCGCGGCGGUGAGGAGGGCGAUGGAGGCGGGGGAUAAGGGCCGGACGCUGGGCGACUAUGUGAGCAGGGUGAAGAUGCAGCAGGUGGCGGCAAGCUGCGUGAAGACGCACGAGGAGCUGAAGGCACGCUUCGAGGACGUGCAGGAGGCGAUGGCUCGGCUGAGUCGGGGAGGGGACGAGGUCAGGCAUGCGGUUGGGAACAACAGUUCGAUAGAGGACGGGGAGGCGUGCGCACGGCGCGCACAGGAGCUCUGGGAAAAGAUAUCCACACUUAAUGCUUCUGUCGAGAGACCAGGGGUCGCUCCAGAGAAGGCUUUGCAAGAAUUCCGUCAGCUUGACGAUGCACUUCGGAUAGAAGUAGAGCGCAUUGCCGACAUCAAGAACGUGUACACGGAGCAAUGCAUGUACACUAUCCGGCGGAUCAGCGAGCUGAACACGGACAUCGUCGCGAUACCAUCUGCGAUGUCUGCGCUCCAAGCAAGCUUCAGGGCGAAGACGAGCUUCUCGCACAUCGCUCGGCUACACAGUAUGUUGUACGCCUAUGGAGCUACAAUCGUCGAGAUCGUCCGAAGGAAGGAGUUCGCGCGCUUCUUCUAUCAGCGAGCACAGAGUAUCCUGGAAGUCAUGGCCAAGCUCUCCUCUAACGAACGCAAACGCCGACAAGCGUACAAGAAUGAAGUGCAAGGCGAGCUCCCCUUUGAAGUCAAAGCCAUCGACGACGCAGUACCAAACAUCGACUUCUCGCCUAGCGGCUCGAACGACUUUCCAUACACCCUAGAGCGUGUGGACAUUGACGAAUUCUUGCGCGUGCUCGACGAUCUCGAACGGUUCGCGAGGGACGCCAAAGAUCCCGCUGCCGAGGCGUCGGUGCAGGAAACUCGGUCGAAGCUUGAUAAGCUCAUAGGCAAGAUGGACAGCCUCGAGUCCGGCUUCGAUAGGAUCGCCGAGAGAAGCCUGCUUUCAACGUCACGGUUACUGAGCCAUCGGCGGAGGACUACCGAGGACGAACAAGCCUACGCCGAGCUGCAGAUCCAGCUACAAGAGCUACAUCAGCAGAAGGACGAGCAGGACGCUGUACAUCGACAAAGCCGCGCCGCCCUAGAAGCUGAACUCGCUGAGCUCCGCGACUCACUACAGAUGUCCGAGACUGCGCGUGGCCAACUUGAACGGGACUUGCACGCAACUCGUGCCCAGUUGGAGAGUGAGGCGACGUCACGACGAAUACUUGACGAGCGGAAUAGUGAGAUGUCGAAGGAGGCUGACGCCAAGCGUGAGGCCCUCUCACGCGCUCUCUCCGAAGCGACCGAGCAGACCCGAUCCGCAGAGUUGCUCCGCCAGCAGCUCGCUCAAGUCAAGGACGAGUUCGAGGCCGUCAAAGCAUUAGAGUCUACCAACGCCGGGAAGAUCUCGCUACUGCUCGAGGAGCAGGCCAAGACGCUCCGGCGACUCGAGGAGGCCCGGGCGCGAGGCGAAGACCUGGAAGCACAAAUUCAAGCUGCGCGCGGGGAGAGCGAUGACGUGAAGCGUGCGCUCGUCGAAGCGGCCAAAGAGAAGGACCGGUUGCUGAGGGCGCAGGCGUCGGAACACGACCGGCUUCUGCGCGACCACAUUGCGGAGGCGGACGGCGACCGUGCGGUGCUCGAGCACCAGUUCUCGGAGCUCCGCGCGGCGCUCGAGGACGCGGAGCGACAUCUCAAGGACGCCCGCGCCCAGGCGGAGAUGGCGAACGCGGACGCAGUUGGCUUGAGGGAGGAGCUGCAGCGCGUCGAGCACGAGCUGAGGGACGCACGGCGGGACGAGCGGACCGUCCGGGAAGAUCUGCGGGCCGGCCGGGCGUCUCAGGCUGACUUUGAGCACAAGCUCGAGCAGAGCGAGCGACUGGUCGCACAGAUGCUCGACGUUGCGCUCGCGUUCCGCGACGCGCAUGUGAAGGCGUUGUCGAAUGUGCAGGCUAUGAUUGCGCACCCUGGGAGCAGAGGCGCUGCGGCCGCUAAUCUUGGCGAUUCUGCGUUGAGCCAUUCGCGCCAUGCUAUUGUCGCGCACUCUGGGGAGCCGGCACCGAUCGACCCGUCGGACCCGGUGGCCGCGCUGGAGGCGCUGCGUGCUUUUGAUCAUGACCAUUUCCUCGAAGCUAUUGCGAAGGCGGGCUCGACGAUACGCAAGUGGCAGAAACAGUGCAAGGACUACCGCGAGCGGGCCAAGGGGAAGAUCUCGUUCAGGAACUUCGCCAAAGGAGACCUAGCCCUCUUUCUUCCAACGCGCAAUUCUAUUUCCAAGCCAUGGGCGGCGUUCAACGUUUCCUUCCCCCAUUACUUCCUCCAGGCGACAGGGCAUCUUGCAGAGCAGCUUAAGACCCGGGAAUGGAUUGUGGCCAGGAUCACGUCCAUCACCGAGCGGGUCGUCGAUUCCAAGGAUCCGAACACCAAUCCUUACGGCCUAGGAGAUGGCGUCAAGUAUUACAUGCUCGAAGUGGAGGACUGGACACAGCCGUCAUUCCCUUCCAAACGUCGGGAAUCUUCCAAGAAGGCCCCGACGGUAGAGGCCCCUUUGGAGCCGACGAACCAGCUCCCCCCAGCCACAGAAGCGAUCCCGAUCCCGGUCGGACCUCCUGAACCUGAGGUUGAGGAGUCGUUCAGUGCGACUCGGCCGCCGACCUCGCGUCUAUUCCCACGAAACCGUAGUGCAUCCUCGCCCACGGCGGGCCCAUCUUCCCUCUCGCGUCUUCUCGCGCAGGCUGGCCCCUCGGAGCCUCCCACGUCGUCGUCUCCCGGACUGGGGUCAGGAUCGGCUGAUGGUAGGGGAAGUUCUGAGGAGGCACUCGCGCUAGCCCCUCCUCGCGAUGCCUCGCCCACAAUAUUUGCUACACCUCCAGACCCCGAAAUUCAUAGUCCGAAGUUGCCUCGGAGCGUGUCGCCUACCGUGCCUCUUCCUCCACCCGCUAACACUUCAUCCGAACCGCCGCCACAAUCUCCAGCGCCUUCCCCCUCCCCGACGCGUCCCAGCUUCAGCCCCACUCCGGGAAUCGGAUCACAACCAGUCAACCAUCAUGUCCCAAACCAGCCUUCCCCUCUACGCUCGACUUCGCGCGCGUCUCGUGGCUCCGGUUCUACCUCCUCCCGUUUCUCCAGGGGCAUUCCGUUCGGAACCGCGACGACAGGAAGUGUCGCAGCGGCAAAGACCGUGCCGACCACCGCUAUUUCCGAGCAUGCCAUCUCGACGUUGUCAACGACGCCCUCAUCGGGGUCAGGUUCUGGUGCGAGCGAGACCACGCUCGCCGGCGUGCAGAUGCCCGGAACCCUAGGCACCUCGACGCUCCCGUCCCCCGAGGGCUCGCCGACGCUUGGUAUGACGAGCGUGCUGACGCAAUCGCACAGGCGGCGAACGACUUCUUACCAUCUCCCUAGUUCCCGGAGCUCCACCGUCGGCCUGUCGUCUCCCAACGCUACUGCUACCCCCUCGAGUCCGCUUGCAGGUGUCGGGAUUGGGGUGACGGCGAGCAGUCGUCUGGCGAGCCUCGCUAGUAGCUGGGGAGUAUCAUUUGGGCGACGGAGGAGGAGCGAGAUCCUGGAGAGCGAGUCGGCGGGAACCGCUGGCGGGCGCGCCCCAGGAGGCGCAAGUCCUAUCCCCGAGUCGCCGACGCAAGCGGCUGACUAGCAUAACUGACCGCUGUUACCCUAUCGUCCAUCGUGCGUGUCGCAUGCGACAUAUACAUUGAUGAUAAUCGCCGGUGUACACACUCGUUUCGCCUCGUAGCCCGUCACUGACGUGAUAUUCUCGCUCAUUUGCUGUCCUCUCCAUUUACCAUUUCUGUACAUUGUUGUCUGUUGCUGCUCUCUACUUGUCUUGCCUUACAAAUUGUUCGGGACUUCUCACACAAUUCACCAUCGGAUCCUACAGCCCAAUCAUUAGCUACUACAUAACGCCUCCAACGAAUCCGGCCUCAAUCGUAUUCCGUGGAUCCUUCCACAUUCC